UUCAAAAUGGCGGCGCCCAUGUAUCUCGCGUCUUGGUUUUGCCGCCGAGUGUUUCGACUCGAUUUGACCUGUAUUCUUUGGAUUAUUUUUGCCAUCUCGCUUGCUUCAGUGAUUGUGAUGUACUUACGAAUUAUGCAUAUUACCAGAGUGUCAAAUUUUAGAAGUUUGUCUGGAGAUAUCCAAGAUGAUGGUUUCUAUGACGAUGAGGAAAAAGAAGAAGCUGAUCAGAUGAAUUUAAUUUUAGAUGAUUUGUCAGAUACAACACAUAUUGGUAUUGAGGGAUGGUGGAUGCCACAUGUCAAAUGGUCACAUGACGUCAAUUGUGAUAUCGACCAUUUUGGUAUAUGCAAACGAGUUCUCAGUGUGUCAUGUAAACCAGAGAGUGUUAGAGCAAUAUACCAGUAUUUACCGAUUGUAAAUAAUAUUCUAUUAAAAGGAAUCACUUUUUCAGUCAAAAGUGCCGCCAUAGAAAUGAAAAUGUUCGAAGGCAUGGAAGUUACCUCCAUGUACAGUGCAAUAGCAUUGAUAAAGUACAGCUCAGGAGGCAAUGACAUCAUCAGAUUAGAUUUUCCAGGAGGAACUCAUACAUACCUAGAAGCAGAGCAUAACAUUAUGUUUUCUGAGAAUAAACAGCCAGUCAGUAUUACUGUGAUGCUUGGUUGCUAUGGCUACACUGGCAUCGUUAAAUUUUUAGCAGUCGUAGUUCGUCCAAUCGUGGCAGAUACUUUUUUCAAAAAUGGUUUCCAGAGAAGAAAUUACGUCCCAGCGUGUCCUCCUUUGUCAAGUAGUAGUGAAAUUGAACAUAAUUUUGUCACUGAAACAGUACUGAACUCUGGUGCAGCCAUGGACAAAGAUGAUAUAACCAUGGUAACACAAAUUUCAAUGGAUAGAAUUGACACUUUAAAUAAAAUUGUUGCAUCAUGGGACGGACCAAUGUCUAUUGUUCUCUACGUACCGACAAAAUCGGAAACUUUGGACACCGAUCAUGAAUGGAAACGUUUAUAUAUACAGAAGAAAUUAAAAACCGCUCAGUUUUCACCACACACUGUAAUUACAGCAGUUUAUGCAAAUACGGUAUAUGAUGUAUAUCCAAUUAAUUACUUAAGAAAUUUAGCAAUAAAAAAUAGUAGAACAUCCUACAUGUUAUUACUUGAUGCAGAUUUUAUACCAUCGUCAAAACUCAGAGACAAAUUUACAGCUCACAUAAAAACAUGGAAUAACGAUCAGACUGCAUUCAUUGUUCCAGCAUUUGAAUUCAUGGAGGGACUAGAGGAACUUCCACAUAUACCAGAAACAAAAGAUGAACUUCACAGUCAAAUAUUUGGCAACGUGCCAAAUGUUCUACCAUUUCAUAUCCUUUAUUGUUCAGCUCACCUGCCGUACAGGGGGAUAAAGACUGACCGUACACCGAUGUACGAUGAACGGUUCACAGGAUAUGGUAUGAAUAAAGUUACACAUACUAUGGAGUUAUUAGCAGCUGGGAGUACACCGGAUACUCAGAAAUUCUUACAGGAUCCAUUCAGGAGGUUGGAGAACAGAAAUACCAGAUUUGAAUUUGUGGCAGAUAUCAUGAAUAAAUAUAACAUUGGACCUUGCCAUCAGAGGUAG